UACAUAUUGGUGCUGCAUGAUGUCACCGCCGCCGCUCGAGGCGGAGCUUCAGAAUACGCUCUCCCUUUUUCUCACCUUGGCCCUCGUGUUAUGGUCCGUUCGCAUCGUGGUCUUGAGCCGGCAACUCCGUGCGAUGCAGAUGGCGUUGCAGAAGAACCGCAUUGCGUACGUGCCACAGCUGGGUCCAAGCCUGGAUCUCCUGGAAACCAUGUCGAUGGAACAUCUCCAGCAGUUCCUUCGGCAGCAAGACCAAAUCACACAGGUUGCCAUGGACACGCUCCACGUCCCGUUCGAUCUCAAGAGUGUGCGAUACGCAGCAGCAGGAGCCGGCACAGACGACACCAAGUCGUUGUCGAUUGCCAUUGAAUCCACAGUCCCAUCCUGCUCGGUCCAAAUAUUAUGGGACCUGGACAUCGCGACGGCCAUCUCGACUCUGUCUCAGCCCCGCGGGUUCGUUUCCACUUCGAAGCGGCGCAUGUACUUUCCACGAUCGAUGUCGGCGUUCUGGAGCAACUUCUGGAGCAAGUGGACGCAGUCUGUCGCCACCGACGGCGGAGACCAACAGCCGCUGCAAGACACGUCUGGUUCGUCAUCGUCCCCGCCAUCUACUUCCACGAACAUGCUCCAUCAUCCUUCCUCCAGUCUAUUGGAUUUGGACAAUGGCGAGCUACGCCGCCUUCUUCCCUGCCAACUCCGAACGGACCCGUUGAUCUUGCAUGCAGAACCUCCGUCUACUCCGUCCACCCUCCAUUACACCAACUCAACCUUACCCCGCCCUUCCUCGACCUCCACUGGCGCCGUCGUCCUCGUCCAGACCGCCGCCCAUUCCCAUGUGCAAGUGGUCGUGCAUCCUUCACCUUCUCAUGAUGACCAUGCUACUGUUGGUGUCACCACCGCCUUGUUCGUACUCGACUUGGCCUCAUCUUCCAUCAAACAGCGCAUGUAUUAUCAUCGCUCGACCUCUAGUAACAACGUGCUCGUGGCCCAUGACAUUUACGGCGCGGACGAGUUUGUCGAGUGCAGCAUCUGCCUGGAAGACCCGACGACGGCGAUCGUGCUGCCAUGCCGCCACAAGUGCAUUUGCGCCACGUGUCUGGCUGAAAUUGACGCGUGUCCGAUCUGCCGCGCCAAAUUUGCUUCGUACAUCACGUCCUGA